CCACAAUGCCAGAGAUACUCCCCACUGCCGAAUUCCUCGCAGUCCUUGGCUUAUCCGACGAUACUCAAUACCAAGUGUCUCCGCUGGAUCAGAGUCACACACUUAAUGUCAUCGACGAGGACUCCACUAUUCCUCCAUACUACUUCACUCCAAGGUUCUCGCCGACAUCUACCUAUCAGCCGAGUGCCGUCUCCCCACGAAGCUGCUCUGACUACUACACCAAAGAGCUGCCACUAGACAUGUCGAGGUCAAUGCCGCAACGAUUGGAACCCCCACAGUCUCAACCCUCUCAAUAUAGGCUGAGCCGCGCUGACAGCGACUUCGAUUCCCUUUAUGAUGUCACGGACGAUGAAGCAGAAGUCCCCCUUGCCGCUUCGGCAUCAGUCAAGCACACAGCACGUACAAGCCGGAAUCGUUACCCGUCCAUCGUCAUCCCCUCGCCAUCUGCUUGGCCAACCAUCGAAAAGUUGAAGAGCGCAAUGUCUGCUUCUGCCGUGAGCCAGACACCUCAUCAAUAUCUUCCACCAUCAAAGCAAGGCCUCUCAUUGAUUACAAACCACAAUCUUCUGGUACCUCCACGCUCGAAUGAGCCUUCCCUUGACGGAAGCUUGACAUCAGAAGAAAUGGACAAACUGAGUUGCCCAGCCACACCGGAGACUCAGCAGCGACGCAAUGCGGACACCGACUCAUGGGGACCAGUACAGCUCGACCCACAAGCAUUGCAGACAUUGAGACAUCUCGCCCGAUCGCGAGACUCAUCGCGAGAUUCCUCACCUGCUCCACAGUUGUCGCGAACUUCGAGUACUCGAGCUGGAUCUGGGGAGAUGCAAGAGGUGGCUAGACCUCACUUAGGUCUUCAAAUUCCCCAGAUGGCCUCUCUCAAUUCAUCAUCAGGUAACACGCCUGUGUCAGCACUCUCAGUGCCAUCCCCCGGUGGAUUCUUCUCAUCUCUCCAUACCUCUGCUCGUCACACGUGGAGCAUCCCAAAGCGGGAAGAGUCUGCCCCCAACACGUCUACCGCCGAGCAUUUUUAUCAGCUUCCGUGGUCCACCCGACGCAACACUGUACCCGACAAUGGUGUGGUGCUGGAAGGUUCUACCUUGGACGGAUACGAAGAUGGCUUGCCCACAUCACGCCCGGUUGUUCUCGGUGACAUUGAUGAAACCGCCGAGAUCAAAGAAAUCAACCCAGCGAAGACGAUCUUCCAGUACAACGAGAACUACAGCACGGAGCUUCAAAAACUGUCUUCUGCCAAUCUAGAGAGAACAGGUAAUUGGCUUGAUGACCAGAAGGAACUUCAAGCUGCACUUCGAGAAAUGAACGAUAUGAGCUCACCCAGCCUUUCGAAUGGGGAGCACAGUCGUGGUAACUCGAUUGAUAAAGUCAUCAAGAAAUCUGUCAAAUUUGCCGAACAGGUGGACGAAGCAGAGUGCGAGAAAGAGGAGACGCCGAAGAAGAUCGUGACGUACGUACAAGGUUUUCAAUACAUCCGAGAACGCUCCCGAAGACAUGAUGUGUUCAUUCACCGACAAACACGUGCCGAGGCCAUGCACGUCCACCGCAAGUGCAACCCACAGUCUCACCAAGAUCAGCUUCUUGGGAAAUUCGAACUUACCAACCCUGUGCGUCCAUCUCCGCCCCGACCAGUGUCCGAGUUCUACGUCGACGACCCCACUGUGUUGAAAGAGCGUAUUGCACGUGCGCAAAUGGAGAAACAAGCGCUUGAUCAGAUGCUCCCGACUACCUGGGUCUUGCAAGCAAUGAAGCAUCUCAAUGGCGGUAGACUCCUUAACAAACAAUCCAUCAGGUGUAUUUCCCGGACCAGUAACCCGCGGAUUCUCGAUGUUGGAGGUUUGCCAACAAAUGAUUGGGCUUGGGAAGUUGCGUACAACCACUCGUUUUCUACAGUUACCACUGUAUACACGGCAGGGCACAACCUUACCCCUAAUGUCACGGGUCCAAAGAACCACAAACAUACCUGCGUGCCUAAUCUAUGGACUCUGCCAUUUCCCAACGGUCACUUUGACGUCAUUUCAGCGCGUACCCUCCAUGAGCUCCUCAAGACCGACAAACCCCUUGGACGCUCCAUGGACGAGUACGAUCUAUGUUUGAAGGAGUGCUUCCGUUGCCUGAAGACUGGUGGUAUUCUUGAAUUCGCUCUUCUUGAUGCCGACAUCAUCCAUGCAGGUCGCCAGGCUCAAGCGAUGGGUGUCGAGUUCGGAUUCAAUCUUAAGACUCGAGGUUACGAUGCGGCGCCCACAAAAUCAUUCCUUCCGCGCCUCCGCAAAGCUGGCUUUGAGGAUGUGCAGCGCAUGUGGAUGGUUUUGCCGAUGGGACAGACAACUGCUAACUGGAGAGACACCCUUCCCGUUGGUGCCGAGCCCAAGGGUGAAGAACGCAGUAUUAGCCCCGAAGGUCAAAUCGAGGUCCACGAGGCACCUGUGUUUGGCACCACCGUUGAUGCCGCUAUGAUGACCGGAAUCGUAGGAAGUUGGUUUUGGGAGAAGUGGAUGUUAAAGUUGCAAUUGGAGAUGGGCAAGGAGAAAGAAAAACUGUUGGAAGGUGUGGUGCAGGUGUUGGAGGAAGGCGCCAAGGCAGGUUCGGGUUGGAGGUACCUGACCGGAUAUGCAAAGAAGUAA